CAAUUACCACCCGCACCCCCUUCUCUUUUGUCUCCUACAAGCGCAGUCACAAUUGAGUUUUCACACCUUAAUCUCCCAAAAAAGUCUAUCAUCAAAUCUUAAACAAAUUCGGAAUCUUUUCUGAAAUUUCUCCAAUUCACACCACUGUUUAAUUUGAACCCUUCCAAACAGUAGCACACUACAAAUUUCCCAAAUCAAAACCACUUCUUUUACGCCAUCAAGGAGAAUGGGGAACAGCAUAGGAGGAAGAAAGAAGGCGAAGGUGAUGAAAAUCGAUGGCGAAACUAUCAAGUUAAAGACACCAAUUCGAGCUUGGGACGUAGUGAAGGAUUACCCAGGCCAUGUUUUGUUGGAAUCGGAGGCCGUCAAGCAUUACGGGAUUCGUGCUAAGCCACUAGAGCCACAACAGGAUUUGAAGCCUAAGAAAAUCUACUUCCUGGUGGAGCUGCCGAGGUUUCCACAAGAAGACAAAGCACCCAGGAGAGUCCGUUCGGGAGGGAUUCAUAUGAGCGCUAAAGAUAGAUUAGAGUGCCUGAUGUUGUCGAGAAGAACGGUCUCCGACGUGUCCAUGGUUCGAGCAUCGUCGAGCCUAGGGGCUGAUGGGGUCGGACCUGCAGGGUCCGGGGGAUUGAUGACCGUCAAAAUGAGGCUGCCCAAGUCUCAAAUGGCCAAGUUGGUGGAAGAGAGCAGAGAUGGCGUCGAGGUGGCCGAUAAGAUCCUCGAUCUUUAUAUUGAAAAACUCGGCGAUGGUGCCGAUAAUCAAAUCCACCGUGAAGCAGCGCCGUGGAAGUCCGGCCUUGGUAGCAUUGGAGAAAACUUUAAGGCCAAACGUGAGAGGCGAGUGAGCUUUAUUCAACGAGGAGAGGGUGAAAUUGGUUUGGCAGAUCAGUUGUAGCAAGUCGGCAUCAGCCCCCUGACUAGUUUUCUUUUAAAUAAU